AUGUCUAAUGUCGGGGUCGCUCAAAUGUCGGAUUGUGUGGCCGGAAUCAUUUCAUCGAUUGAAGAUGUGGCUGAUGAUGCGGAUGAUAAAUGGGCAUACCAUCGAUUUUCGUUAUUGAAUGAAUAUCAGGAUAAAUCGACAUUACCACCACCAUUUAGCUCCAUUUAUUAUUUCUUGAGAAUAAUAAUAUGGGUCCGUCGUAAAUUAUUGAUUUAUAAACAGAAACGACAUAAAUAUGUUGAUUAUGGUACACUCAGUAGUAGCAGUGAUUUAAAACCAGGAUUAGAUAAUUCAAUUGUUUUUAAUGGUGUCGAUCAAAUACAAGAAUCAGGUAUUGUAAAUAAAGUGUCAAUUAAUUUUCGUAUUGCACCAACCGGCAAACAUGCUAAAAUAACUCUGUAUAUAAUUACACCAACAAAAUAUCCUGAUAAAUUUAUUAUUGAAAGUGAGCAUAAAAUUUCAUCGGCACAGAUUAAAUCAUCAUCCGGUAAACAAAGCAUUAGCAUCGGUGAGGAUAUACAAGUUCGACCUAAGCAAUAUCUUGGUAUUAGUUUUGACCAUUAUUCUGGUUAUCCAUAUAGUACUGAACGUAAUCAGUACUGUUUAAAUUAUAAGAAGUAUGAACUUCAUAAGGAUCUAUUAUUUAUAAAUUGUCCUAGCAGGGGUCUCACAUUCAGUUUUAUAGUAAAACCAUCUACAUCUGAAAGAGAAACAACUAAUAAAACAAAAAAGAAGCAUCCUAGUAUGCUUUCUUCCUUUCCACCAAGCAGCAAGGAGCAUAGGGAUAUUUUAAAAGAAAACAGCAUUGCACAAGAUUAUUGGCAAUUGGUAAUUAGAAAAAUUAAGAAAAAAGAAAAAUCUCAAAUGACAAACGAUAUCAGGCAGAAGAUUCUACAUGAUCAAGAUGGUGAAAUAGUAGCGGAAGAUGAUACACUAAAAAAGAUGAAAAAGACAUACCGAAGUAAUAAAAAACGUACAGAAGUGUGA